AUGGAAGAUUUUCAGAAAAUAACAGAAAAUGAAAUUCAGUUGAAGAACACAGUUAAGGAAAAUGAUGAUGAUGCUGCACAUGACGAUUUAGAAUUGGAUUUGGAUGAUUACCAUGACAAAGAUGAUGCUGAUACCAAUGAUGGAGCUCAUGACGAUGAUGUUGAUGAAGAUGGUGAUGACGCAGACGACGACAUGGAUCAAGAUCAUCAUAUUGAUGAUGACGACAAUCAUAACGCUAAUGGUGCUGAUGAUGAUGAUGGCACUCAUGAAAAUGAUGUUAAUCAUGUUGAUCAAGAUGACGUUGCUGUUGUUGAUGAAGAUGAUGUUGAUGACAACGAAGAUGAUGAUGACAGUCAUGAAGCUAAUGAUGAUGAUGAUGUCGAUAAUGAUCCAAACGUGCAGAAUACUGAAGAAACUGUGAAAAAUAAACUGAAUCAAUUUGAACAAGCAUGUGCUGAUCAAGCAAACGAGAAAACACCUAAAACACCUGCUAAAAGUGCAGAAAUUCCCAAAGAACAGAAAAAUAAUCUAAGGAAACUACUUGUCUCUGACAUUCCAGCGGAUAGUACAAUUUCUAAAAUUGCCGAACUUUUCCAAAAGCAUUCAUAA